GUCCCACAGUCACUUUAUUUCCUCCAAUCUAUUAUGUUCAUUUUGUUUGGAUAAUGGACUUGGCUUUCCCAGCUGAUUCAAUUUGAGGUGUUGGCAUAGCUGGAAGCUUCCAGUUGGCUCUCUUGCAUUCCUUUGGUCCCAUCCCAAUACCUCCCUUACAUUCCAAUCAUUCACUCCCUCUGUUGCUUCCUAUCUGGCUGUGAGCGAGGUUUGCACUGCGAGCUGUGCUUCAGCCAUGACAGUAGUUUUGCAUUGUUUUCAGAGGUGGCAGAAGCCACAGAGGUUUAUUCUCUGAAGCCUCUUCAAGAACAAAGGCCUCAGGUUAGCUGCAUGGGCCUGUCAAAAGAAAGAGAGCAGCAUCUGAAGGUAAACGGAAUAUGGCAGGCCCAGGCAUAGGAGGACGUUGUUCUUGAAAAUUACACUUAACUUGUCGAAUGCCUGCCAACCACAUUUAACAUGCCAUUCAAUUUUGUUUUUUGUAUCGCCUUCCAUUGAGAUCCGUUGGCCAAGUAGGUGCCCCUUUCCACAGAUCUCUCAGAGCAACUAGCAUCUUUUAUAAAAGGAAGCUGCGAUAAGUCUCCGUUUGGGAAAUUUCCCUGGCAUCAGCAGAGGCCUUCCUUCCCGUUCCUUCCAAGGCAAAACGAAAGCAGCUCCGCCAUUGGCUGAGCCAAAGCAACAGUAACUAUACGCCAACCCGGACUAUUCCGGGUUGUCGGGCGACAAGCUUCUAAGCUAGGCCGCCCUAUCCGAUCCUGCGUUCACACGAGACGUUCCGGGCACGGCUUGGGCUCUGCGCGAGUCGUGAGGACGGCGACCGCCGCAUUUCCCCGGCCGGGAGAUGCUCGGGACUUCACAUGGAGCUAUGGACAGGAAGCGACUCAUCACCGAUUCUUUCCAAGUGGUGAAAAAGAAACGAGGCAGGAAAGAAAGAAAAGAGGCUCAGAGCCCACCGCAGGACUUAGUUCAAGCAGAAUCUCACCUACAAGAUACUGCACCAUCCGAUCAGCUGGAAAUACUGAAGCAGUUUGAUCUCAGCUGGCAGUAUGGUCCCUGCACUGGAAUUACCCGUAUGCAGCGCUGGGAACGAGCCAAAUUCUUAGGACUCAAUCCCCCUACAACUGUGUGGGAUUUGCUCCUGAAGUAUAAUAAGGACCCUUUUGUUAUGAAUAGCUGCUUCAGUGCUGUAGGAGUAAGUACACUGUCACCACUCAACAUUAAGGAGACGAUGACAAAUUCAAGAAGUCCCAGAUAUGGUCUCCCUUUGCUUCCCUUCCGUGAGUUCAUUCCUCUCCUCCUCGGCUUUGGCCAAGAACGUGCUAGCUUUGAAAGUUGAGAGCUGUGGGACAAGAGCGGACUCCGGAUGGAAUGUUUGCGUAAGUUGACCAUUAAAUAGUGUCUGCCACAAAGGAUGCUGUUGUGCCACAGAAGACAGCCCAGCCCAUUCCAGCUGCUUGGUAAGGGGAUGGAGUGGCCAUGUGAAAAAUCAACCCAGUCCUCCCCUGACAGUAAUGGUGCUCUGAAUUUCUUUC